GGAAAUACUAUGACCCAAGAAUAGCUUCCGGGGCGAAUCGGAAGUUGCUUUGUUUUGCUCCAAGAUGGCUGCGGGGAUGUAUUUGGAACAUUAUCUGGACAGCAUCGAAAACCUGCCCUUUGAGUUACAGAGAAACUUUCAGCUCAUGAGGGACCUGGACCAGAGAACAGAAGACCUGAAGGCUGAAAUUGACAAGUUGGCCACUGAGUAUAUGAGUAGCGCCCGCAGCCUGAGCUCCGAGGAAAAAUUGGCCCUUCUCAAACAGAUCCAGGAGGCCUAUGGCAAGUGCAAGGAGUUUGGUGACGACAAGGUGCAGCUUGCCAUGCAGACCUAUGAGAUGGUGGACAAACACAUUCGGCGACUGGACACGGACCUGGCCCGUUUUGAGGCUGAUCUGAAGGAGAAACAGAUUGAGUCAAGUGACUAUGACAGCUCUUCCAGCAAAGGCAAAAAGAGUCGGACUCAGAAGGAGAAGAAAGCUGCCCGCGCUCGUUCCAAAGGGAAAAACUCAGACGAGGAAACCCCCAAGGCCGCCCAGAAGAAGCUAAAACUAGUGCGCACAAGUCCUGAGUAUGGGAUGCCCUCAGUGACCUUUGGCAGUGUCCACCCCUCUGAUGUGUUGGAUAUGCCUGUGGAUCCCAACGAACCCACCUAUUGCCUUUGUCACCAGGUCUCCUAUGGAGAGAUGAUUGGCUGUGACAACCCUGAUUGUUCCAUUGAGUGGUUCCACUUUGCCUGUGUGGGGCUGACCACCAAGCCUCGGGGAAAAUGGUUUUGCCCACGCUGUUCGCAAGAACGGAAGAAGAAAUAGAUAAGGGCCUUGGAUUCCAACAGUUUCUUUCACAUCCCCUGCCCUGGGCUCGUGGGCAGAGGAAUGCCUGUGCUGGGGCCAGGGGUUCAGGGAGAAGUGGAUGGCACCACGCUGUCAUCCCUUCUUCCCCUACUCUACUCCCGACUCCUGGUGCCCGGGCUGCACCCAAGCCCAGCAGGGGAGGGUGCCACAGCCGCCAACAGAUGUGCUCUCGUUUGGCCUCCCCUCCGGGGGAAGUGGUCUUGCCCACUGUCCUUCGCCCCCGUGCUGGCGUCGGUGCUGUAUUUCCGAGGGAGGGUCCACUUUGUUCCCCUUGUUUUGUAUAUAAAGACCGGGGCAGUUGCCCCAGCCCUCUUAAUUCCCCUACCCCUUUUCGGGGGCUAGGUGUGACGAACUUGCUUCUCCCUUCUCUUCCUGCUUUCUUCAUGGGGGUAUGCCGCACAUCAUCUGGGCUUGGGCCCUACUUUUGGGGCCUCCCCUUUCCUCCGUGCCAAGGGGAUUUAUCCUCGCCUUGUGAGUGGGAGAAGGCUUACGUGUUAAAGGCAUCUGGGUGGGUAAAUAAAAGCUGUACAUGUUG